GUUCAUCUCUCUGACCUAUCCAAGUUCAUCCUAGUCGCUGCGGCGACUACCGAAGCCUCCGUCGCAAUGACUGAACAGAUGACCCUUCGUGGAACCCUCAAGGGCCACAAUGGUUGGGUAACUCAGAUCGCCACCACUCCACAGUUUCCAGACAUGAUACUGUCUGCUUCGCGAGACAAGACCAUCAUUAUGUGGAAGCUCACCAGGGAUGAGACCAACUAUGGCAUCCCACAGCGUGCUCUUCGUGGUCACUCCCACUUCGUUAGUGAUGUAGUCAUCUCCUCAGAUGGCCAGUUUGCCCUCUCAGGCUCCUGGGAUGGAACCCUGCGCCUCUGGGAUCUCACAACGGGCACCACCACCCGCCGAUUUGUAGGCCAUACCAAGGACGUUCUGAGUGUGGCCUUCUCCUCUGACAACCGGCAGAUUGUCUCUGGCUCCCGAGAUAAGACCAUCAAGUUAUGGAAUACCCUGGGUGUAUGUAAAUACACUGUGCAGGAUGAGAGCCACUCGGAAUGGGUUUCUUGCGUCCGCUUCUCACCCAACAGCAGCAAUCCUAUCAUAGUCUCUUGUGGCUGGGACAAGCUGGUCAAGGUGUGGAACCUGGCAAAUUGUAAACUGAAGACAAAUCACAUUGGCCACACGGGCUACCUGAACACUGUGACUGUCUCUCCAGAUGGAUCCUUGUGUGCUUCUGGAGGCAAGGAUGGCCAGGCCAUGCUGUGGGACCUCAAUGAAGGCAAACACCUUUAUACUCUGGAUGGUGGAGACAUCAUCAAUGCCCUGUGCUUCAGCCCCAACCGCUACUGGCUUUGUGCUGCCACAGGCCCCAGCAUCAAGAUCUGGGAUUUGGAGGGCAAGAUCAUUGUAGAUGAACUGAAACAAGAAGUUAUUAGUACCAGCAGCAAGGCAGAACCACCCCAGUGUACCUCUCUGGCCUGGUCUGCUGAUGGCCAGACACUGUUUGCUGGCUACACGGACAACCUGGUGCGAGUCUGGCAGGUGACCAUCGGCACCCGCUAAAAAUAUAUGGCAGAGUAAAUAGAAAUAAAUUGGUUUUCUGGCUCUAAGCGUGCUUCUCUGAUAAAGCAAAAAUGCUCCUUCCUAUAAUAAUGCUGCUUACAAGUUUAAAAGAAGUCUAACAGUGCAGUAAAAUGCACACUGACCGGCAAGGCAGAAGGAAAAGGCUUUAUUUGGAGAGAAGUGGGUGGGAGACUGCCUGUGUUUUCCUAUACAGUUGGGCCAACAUCAGGUGUGACUUAUGGGAAGAUACAGGAUGGUUGACCAAGUUCGCUUGUUAAGUUUUUAUGUAUUGGGUAAAAUGUCUGGACACCCUGAAAGUUGUUCUCAAGCAAAAGGGACUGAUUAAAGUACUUACAGACCAA